GUUUUUUUUUGCCUGAAGUGCGUAACAGCUGCGGAGAAGUCGUUUCUUUAAUGGAAUUUGGUAUACGAGGUGUUUCAGUUUGCAGCUGGGUCCUGAUUCUAAGCGGGUUUUUUUUGGGUUGAUUUUUUCCAAAUAUUGCUCCUGCGUUGAAUCAUCUGGCAGACGGAUUACUGAAGGAGUGAAUACUUAAAAACUUCUUCUUCCCGAUCUGGAAGCUGGUGCCUUGUCGAGGACACCUCCACGGUUUCUGAAGGGCAGAAGAAGCACUUUUUCCCCAGCAAGUCUGGGCUCCAAACGGACCUCUUUAUUGACUCCUUGGACGAACUUCAAACCAUGGCCUCCCAGCUGUGUUGGAUUUAAACAUUGAGGCGGAUUCCUAUGAGUUCACGCGGGGGGGGGGGCGGGGGGACACACAUGGAAGCUGAUCAUCUUCACCAAGAGGCUUGACCGCGAGGAGGCAGAGCGAAAUGUGACGCAGACGAUGGUUCUGCUGGCCGUGCCAUGCUGACGGGGAGACGAGGUGUCGCGUGCAUGUAUCUGUGUUUCUUCUGUCUGCUCGCCCUGACGCACCAAGCCCCCAUAAAAACAGGCUGGGACAUCCUCAAAAGGGUCCAGAGAUUCAUUACUAAAGUCCCUUCGGAGUUGUCGAUAUGCAGUCUGUACACACCAGACAUCUAUGAUUACCAGAAAUGCCCCAAGACCACGAUGGAAUGUUUUGCUAAGGAAGUUAAAGUCCUCAUCGAAGAGUGGAAAACUGUGGGAGCUCCUGGUGUUCCGAAAUUGGACGAGAAGCUGGAGGAUCUGGCAUCGGAGCUUGAUCAGACUAACUCAGAUUGCUCUCAGUGUGAGCUGCUAAAUGAGAAAAAUGCUACAGAGUUCCUCAAAAUUCUUGAAGAGACUCUCCAAAUGAUGAACGGUGAGAUGGCGAACUAAUAACUCCACCUCAUGACACCCAAAGGACUUUUACGAGGGACUUCAUGACAUCUUUUUCAUCUUCAUGGACUUGGAAUGUUAACUUAGCCAAAAUAAAGCGAGCCUUGCAUUAUG